AUGGACGAAGGAGGUACUCCAUGGGAGGCCUCUACAUCCACAACUGCCCAUCAAUCCUCAUCAUUAGCAACAAAAUCACCUCAAGUGCCAUCUAUCAAUUCUAAUCAUUUUUAUUCAAAGCCUCUACCACCCAGUCCUUUCACAAACUCAUCAAGAAAAGAGAAGACUCCAUCAAAGAAGGAUGAUGUCGAAUCGUAUUUCCACACUUACAUCUUUCGUUUUCUUUUUUUGGCUUUUAUCUUCGGUCUAUCAUCAAUAUUCUUAUAUUUACUCUUGGCACCAUGGAUACAACGAGAAAUCUCAAGCAACCAAAGCCAUUUCUUUCAGAAUGAACAUCCCGCGAGCGUUAACGAGACAAAAAUUCGACAAACGAGAUCAUUGAAUGGAGAGCAAAAAGUGACACUGGCUUCAAAUCGAACAAUGAUUGAUGAAAGUCGGAAGAUCCAAACGCAAAACUCACUGGAAUCGGACAAAUUUGAAGGUUCUCGUUCAAAGGAUCAACCCGUUUAUCUACAUGCAAUUGGAUAUUCAGAGAGAAGAGCCCUUCCAUCCGAAUCAUUUCCUCAAAGUGGAAUGGUUAAUGUGAACAAUGUGAUGAGUGAUCGAAAUCGACAUUUAGAAGAUGAAGAAAGAGAAUUGAGAAAUGAAAGAGAUCGAUUAGAAGAAAAAUUACUUGGACAGUUGGAUGCAAAUUCAAUUCAACGAAUGCUUAGGACAAUGCGUCGAAAAAAGUUGAGAAGAAAGCCAGUUUUGCAUUCAACUCCAUCCGAAGUGUUUGGGGACAAAGAUCAAGAGUUUGUCUCGUAUCGUUCUCGGAUAGAUGACCCGAAUGUGGAAAUGGAUGCGCUUCAACCAGCAGCAAUGUUUCAUCCAAACCCAAAUGAACCAGCUGUAACGGUUGCCUUACCUGAUGAUCACAAGCAAGCUUUACCAUCCAUCACUCGAUCCAUUGAUGAUCAGUUCUCCGAGUUCAAAUCACUCGAGAUGCGUACGACAACCGAAGUGCCGAGAAUUGAAAUGACAACAACAAAACAAGAAGUCGAUUCCUUUUCGCCUAUUGAAUUGCCCAUUCUUGAAUCAGAAGAACACCAAGAGAAGCCAAUACUAGAGGAGUCACACGACGUCGUUGGCCGGGGAUUUGAAGAACCGGCAACUUUUGAGCGACUCCCGGAAACCUCGCUGGACAUUGAGCCGAGAGAAUUCGGAAAACUAAUUGCGAGUGAUGAGACAAGCUUUGAGACGACCACAUCAACACUUCCACCACCACAAUCCGAAUUGUACAAUCUGUCCGAAGAAACCACUCCUUGGCCGAGUACCGAACCAGACGGCUUCUCCACAACUGACCAAAUGGAUAUGAUUGUUCCGGAAGAUCUACAAGAAACACUGAAAUCAAUUGAAAGAACCCCACUACUACGAGGAGAACAAGAAUUGAUUACGGUGACACCCGAGGAUAUGGAAAGAGCAAAUACAAGAGAUCGAUUUGAAAGCAACCCAAGAAUUAUGGGCAGUGUGGAAGAGAUUCCACCCGAACCACCAUUAGAUAUCGAAAUUCUCAAGGGGUACGGCCAAAAUAUGGUCAGUCCUGCACAGGACAUUGAGGGAGAUCUUUUGAAAACGACUGCCUCUCAAAUGAUGCCCACUUUGAUUUCUGAUGAUCAAACCGAGCCCACAACUAGGCCAAUGGGCAGAACUCGGCAACCGCCAACUAUGCCCGCUCGUUUCGAGUUGGAGCCAGAAGAAGACGAAAGGGAAACGGAUUGGACGCCAAAUCCAAUGUUCGGUAUUUUUCCAAACAACGAAGAUGAUGUGGAUACUCGAAGAAAUAGAGCAGAAACGGUGACAAUGCAGCCCCCAACUGCUCCACCAACAACACAACUCCCAACAUCCACGGAAAAUAACGAAGAAAAUUUGUUUGCUGCUCAUGAAAAUGAUUCACAUGAAGACAACAAAGCAAACACUUUUCAUCGAUCUCCGCUGCGAUAUUAUCGAAGAAAGCACAAAUUACCUGGCUACAAAAAAGCAAUGAGAAAAUUGAAUAAACAUCGAAAGCCGGCAAGUAGUUCGACGAUGGCAAGCGCGGCCACCUGGGACUCUUCUACGGAAUCAUUAUGGAAUUCGGUGGCACACAGCGAUGGACAACGAAAGACGAAAUUAUUAAAGAAAUUACACGCAGUUGAAGCUCUCCUCAAUCAAGAAUUAGAUCGUUACAUCGACCAUUUCAACCAAAAUCGUCAAACAGUCGCAGUGAAAUCAAGAGAAAACACUGAAAUGACAACCGAGGAAAAUGAUGAGAAAUUUGUGUACAUCGCAAGGGGAGAACCGACAAGGGUCUUGCCUAAAUUGCACAAGAAAAAGAGGCGACACGGUCACAAAAAGAGAAAACGACUGUCAAGGAAGAAGAAGAGAAUGUAUCAUAAAAAUGAAAAUAAACGGGAAUAUCGGAGAGAUGAACACAGCACAACUACUACGACUCCAUCAAGUUACCCAAUUCUUUCCGAAAGUGAUGUUGAGAGGCAAUUUGCCACGGGAAAUGGACCUGACUCGUUUCCGUUUGAGCCACAAGGAGAAAAUUUGAAAGAAAUCUCGGUUAAUCGCGUCGAUUCAAACGAGAAUUUAUUGGAGAAACGACAAAACAGUGUAAAAUCUUCGAUGGAACCUGAAAAAGAAAGAGCAAAAUGGGGAGGAGAUGUGACAGUGAGUGAGGAGAUAAACCUGAAAGAACUGCCACAUCAAGCUGUCCAUCGGUUGAACGACCCUCGAAAAUCUCACCGCAAGAUGAAAAGUCCACCAAGAGUGAAAAAACCAGGCAGUGUCGAAGAGAUCGCAACAUCUUCAAGCGAAAUGAAAUCAAAAGAAAAUACCGAGAAAUUGAGCGAAACUCGAUCCGCCGAUAUAGAUUCAACAACGAGAAAAUCUUCGAGUGACGAGAUUUUGGAGGAUUCUUCGUUGACCACUCUGUCACCCUCAAACAAUCAUCGAUUGAAAAGUUCGACAAGACACGUUCGACGACUCUAUUAUAGACCAUUAGCAGUUCGACGUAUCCGUGUUCAACCGGUCUCUUCAUAUUUUGUCGGGAAACGACGUGACACUUUCACAGCUUCUGAUUUCGCC